AUGCUCUUUCUACCAUUGAUCACCACCCUUCUACUAAGCCGGCUCGCAUCAUGCGGGGGCACGCCCGCACCAUGCGGGUGCACGCCAAUCUAUGCAGAGGAAUAUCGGGGUAGCUACGUACCAAAGGUUAUCGACACCGAAUUUGGCCCCCAGGUUGUUGCGCCGGAUACUCCAUACGUGGCAGCGACCGGCCCAAAUGAGUUAUACUUCCUCGACAUCCGGACCACUCCUGAGACUGCAAGGCACGCGAAGGAAAAUCUCGAGAGGGCACGUGUGCCGAAAGUGAACGAGUACGUCGCCAUAGACGAGAUCUUGGCUACAGCGGAAAUCAGAAACCGUGUGACCAACGAAACGAUCUUCGUGUUUGACCCCGUCUAUGCUAGAAUAUUUUUUUCAAGGGGAAUGAACAAGAAAAAUCCGGACCUCAAACUGCCUGAGUAUGAGCCCCCCGGCGAUUGGGUGGUGACCUACGAUUUGGAUACUAUCCACAGUAGCGUUCCGCAAAGCCCAUAA